GCCCCGCCCCCGCCCGCCCGCCCAGUCCCGCUUCCCGCCGCGACCGGACCGCCGCCGCCGCGAUGUGGGCCGCGCUGCUGCUGCUCUGCGCCGGGCUCCUGGGCGCCCCUGCCCGCGCCGCCAGCCUGCCCGCGAGCCCGUUAGAACAGUUUCACUUCAAGUCAUGGAUGUUGCAGCACCAAAAGAAAUACAGCCCAGAGGAGAACCACCACAGGCUGCAGACCUUCGUCAGCAACUGGAGGAAGAUAGCCGCCCACAAUGCUGGGAACCACACCUUCACGAUGGGACUGAACCAGUUUUCAGAUAUGAACUUUGCUGAAUUCAGACGCAAGUAUCUUUGGUCAGAACCGCAGAAUUGCUCAGCCACCAGAGGUAACUACCUUCGGGGUGCUGGUCCCUACCCACCUUCCAUGGACUGGCGGAAAAAGGGAAAUUUUGUCUCAUCAGUGAAAAAUCAGGGCGGCUGUGGCAGCUGCUGGACUUUCUCCACCACGGGGGCCCUGGAGUCCGCGGUUGCCAUCGCUGGUGGGAAGCUGCUAUCUCUGGCAGAGCAGCAGUUGGUGGACUGUGCUCAGGACUUCAAUAACCAUGGCUGCCGAGGGGGUCUCCCGAGCCAGGCCUUCGAGUACAUCAAGUACAACAAGGGCAUCAUGAGUGAAGACACCUACCCCUACAAGGGCCAGGACAGUGACUGCAAGUUCCAGCCCAGGAAGGCCAUUGCGUUCGUCAAGGAUGUGGCCAACAUUACAAUCAAUGAUGAGGAGGCCAUGGUAGAGGCGGUGGCCCUGUACAACCCUGUGAGCUUUGCCUUUGAGGUGACCGACGACUUUAUGAAGUACACUAAGGGCAUCUACUCCAGUACAUCCUGUCACAAAACUCCUGAUAAGGUAAACCAUGCGGUGCUGGCUGUUGGGUAUGGAGAAGAAAAUGGGGUGCCUUAUUGGAUCGUGAAGAACUCCUGGGGCCCCAACUGGGGAAUGAAUGGGUACUUCCUCAUCGAGCGUGGGAAGAACAUGUGUGGGCUGGCAGCCUGCGCCUCCUACCCCAUCCCCCUGCUGUGAAUGGCCGGCUGGCCACAGCAAGGGGCUCCCGCCGCGGCCCAGGGCGCUUCAUCAUACCCGUCGUCCCUCGAAACCUAAGAAAAAACGGAAGAAUUCCAGCAGUAUCAAGCCACCCACAUCUGCUGACGAAAAGGCCUCAGGUGUGAUUUUUAACAAUCACACCCACGUGGGCCGGGAAUGUUCUUGACCUGCGCCUGGCCGCGUUUCGCAUAUGGAGAGCACCCCAGCGACUCUCUUUGGGGCUUCCCCUCAAUAAACCUCUGGUGAUCACCUCCCCGA